UACGCAGCCAUGUCUUCUUUUGUUUAUUGAAUUCUUACAUAUUUUCCCCCAUUAUUUUCUCCAUAGGUAAUAAUAAAAUGAGAUCGUGACUAUACUAUUUAUUAUUUUCUUCGCGCGUUUCUGGGGGGGGGCAAUUACGUCACUCGCGUCAUCCAACAUGGCGUCCAACAGCCGGUUGCAGGAGGAGGAAGGCUGAGGAAGAGGAAAAGGAGGAGGAGGAGGAGGAAGAGUGAGCGGGACGCCGCACCGAUCCUCGCUGCUCGCCCUUGUCGGACAAAACCCAUCCGCACAGUUUUCAGAUGAAGACUACGCCCCCUCUUCCUCACCUUCCUCCUCGCAUCCCCCGUCCAAAUUCAGCCGAACGGUGAGCUGCCCCGGCAACAACAGCGUCACCAGGAGGAAGACCCUCCGGUCCGCCUCGGGAGUCGUCGCCCUUCACGCGGACACCUCCCCGAAAUAAAAAGUGGUGGAAUGGCGACCCUGAGCCCAGCGUCCCCCUUUGAACUCCUACCUCCACCCGCCACGGUGGGCUUCCUCAAGUUGUCCCGUCCGUGCUGCUACGCCUUCCCCGCAGGUCGCGGCGACUGCGCCUUCUUCGCCGUCAACGGCUUCACGGUCCUGCUGGACGGCGGCUCGGAUCCGCGGGCUUGCUUCUGGAAGCUGGUGCGCCACCUGGACCGCGUGGACGCCUUGCUGCUGACCCACGCCGGCGCUGACAACCUGGGCGGCGUCAACAGUUUCCUGGAGAGGAAGGUGGCCGAGACGCAGUUAGACACGAUGAGUGACGAGGGGUCUGCGAGGCUCAUCUCACCGGAGCUUGGGGUGGUCUUCUUUAACGCUCCUGGAAGGUUACGGGUGGAACAGCGGCCCUCCGAGUUGAAGGUUUCCAAUUGUGCGGACAACGUCAUGAAGAAUCUAAACCAGGCAGCUGUCACUCUACGCCUGUUGAAGGAGUUAGACAUCCAACCUCAUCCCAUGUUUCGACCACCGGUGGCCCCUCCGGAGCCCAUCACCUUGUUCCAAAAAUUGGGCGUGGGACAGCUGGACUUGUACAUCCUCACUCCAGCCAAAAACAGCCACGAGUACCAGACGUUCAUGCGGGACUGGCCCGACGGGGCGUCCCCCCAAGGGCUCCCCCUCGCCGCCCUCGCCUCGGUGUCCGCCCUCCUCGUGUGGCACCCGGCUUGCCCCCUCGAGAAGGUGGUCCGGGUGCUGUUUCCGGGCAUUACUCCGCAGUCCAAACUGCUGCGGGGCCUGGAGACGCUCAAGAGCUUGGCCUUCCUAAGGAAACCCACGGUGACCACCGGGGACCUGGAAAGGAUGGGCUUUAGAGGGAAAACUAAACGGACAGAGAGUCAGGACAGUGUCCGUUCCCAAGGGAAGGAGGUGGCCAACAAACCAGGAAAAGAGGCUAAGAACACGGGGAAACUAUUGGUCACAGAAAAGAACGGCUCCAAGAAAGCGAGUGGGAAGGAGGCUAAAAAGAAUGCAAAGCAGGGCGGCAAGGGAGAACAUGUCGUCCUGAGGAACGGCGUGGGGAGGAAGGAGACCCUCACGUCCAGACCAAAGAAUAACAACAAAACGCUCAAAAACGACUCCAAAACGGAUUCCAAAAAGAUAAAGAAGACAUCCGGAAAGGAGGGCAAGAACGCACACAUCCAGACCGAACUUAGCAACUCCAGACCGGACAACGAGGCCACAGUAGACGAGUCAAAACCGAAGGAGAAAGAGCCCCGCGGUGCCUCCAAAACAUCAACCCCUGAGGAUAUGACUCCUGAUUUCCUCCGACUUCGGGAGGAAACGGAAAGAGAAGAGGCGGAUACGGCGGAUGAGAGGAAAAAGAAAGGUGACGGCCAAGGGAAGGGGGCCGCAGAAAGUCCCGGAGAAGGUGCAAAUCCGCAGGACGCUAAGACCGCAGACCAGCUCGGAGUUGCGAAGAAACCAGCAAAAGUGGUCGGAUUCCCGACCCCGUUGAAGCAGGCGCCAAAGAACGAGCCGAACAUCGAGUUUGACUUGACCCCGACCGAGUACACCCUCCUGGACGGUGCUUUGAGAACCAGCCCGCCCUCGCGAUCGUCCUCGGAUAACCAGGCCACCUCUGAGGAGAGGACCGUCGAGCAGAGUUCCCCGGAUUCCCGGCCCAACAGCGCCGGCCACACUCCUUAUUGUCUGUCUCCGGAUGACAAGUGGUGCAACAGAGACGCCCUCGGCAGGCUGCAGGCGCAACGAGCGGCAGAAGUCGCCCAACCCAAUGUUUCAACCAAGCCGGCCCAACCCAUCCCCAGAGAGAAACACCUGACUUUCCUCUCUCUGGGGCCCUUGAAGGACGGGGCCUCCGACCCGUCCGCCUCCGUGGCCAACACCACCACCUCCACCCACUCCAUGCCGGCGGAGGUGAGCUCGCCUCAGUCCACCGAAGUGGACGAGUCGCUGUCCAUGUCUUUGGAGCACGGCCCCGCCUCGGGAAGUCAGCGGGAGGCGGAUGACGGCGGCCAUCAUCCCAACGGUGGUCAUUUUGCCGCCAUGUCCAAGAAGCCUCUCAGGUCUUUGGCGUCGGAAGCGGGGCGGCCUCCGGUUCCGGGCGCCUUGCAUUUUGAGACAACGGCUCACGACGUGGACCUGUGUCUGGUUUCCCCUUGCGAGUUUCAGCAUUUCAAAGCGCCAGACUCCGGCUCAGGCGACAACGUCCACAAGGACGCCGCCAAGGACGUGACACCGGGCGAAUCAAACGCCCCCGUCUGCACGGAGGAGUGUCCGUCCACCACGGCCGACGGAGUCCUGGACUCGGACGAGGAGGAGUCGUGCGGCAUUCCCACAAACCUGGACGCCUGUCAGGCCUUACCCCGGGACCCGCUUCCCGCCCGGCUCAGGGAUAGCCCGCCUCUGCCUCCGCAUCCCGACACCACCAUGCCCGUCCCGCAGUCUGACGCCGGUGCUCCUGGCAAGAAAGUAAAAACGAGUGCCGUGCGAGGGAAAACGCCCGGGGUGACGGACUCCACCCUGAAGCCGAGCCCGGGCAAAAUCCAGGCAGGAAGCGUCAUCACAAAGGCUAAAAAGGACGCGACGUCGUCACGUGCGUCCAACACUCGCCUGGCAAAAUCGGCGCCGUCAGAGUGCCCCUCCUCCACCGAGGACGCGAGCAUCUUCGUGGACCUGGCCUACGUCCCCUCCGGGGCGGCGUCGCCCACCGUGGGCGUGGACUUCUUCAAAAGCGUCCGCUCAUCCUGUUACGUCGUCAGCGGCGACUGCCCCGAGAGAGAGAAGCUCAUGCGGCAAACGCUGGACGCGCUGCUCCACGCCAAGACGGGCUGGGAGCACGCCACGCAGGUGACGCUGAUCCCCACCUUUGAGUCGCCGGCCAUGCAGGACUGGUACCAGCAGACGGUCGAGCGUCAGAGAGAGCUGGGCGUGCUGGUCCUGGGCUCCAACAGCACCGUGGCCAUGCAGGACGACACCUUCCCGGCCUGCAAGAUUGAGUUCUGAACAACCACUGCUCCGGCGAGAGCCACUGUAUUUGGCUCCGGCCUUCCUGUGUAGAGUUUGCACGCCCCCCCCCCUCCGCCGUGCCUGCAUGGGUUUUCUCCGGGUACU